AAAUUUGAUUUGAUUAUGACCCAGUCUCUCCCUUCUUCUCCCUCCUUAAAUACCUCUUUUUCUCCCCCUCCCUUCCUCCCUCCUUUGCCCUUCUCUUCUUCCUCACUUCCCUCUCUCUCUCUCUCUCUCUCUCUCUCUCUCUUUUCUCAGCUUCUGAUGAUACCGUAAUUGUAUUUCUGGGUAAUGAAAAUCAUGUUGUAAACAUACAUUCCAUGCAUUCAUCAUGACAUAAGCAUACGCAACCAUGCUAGAUAGCUUAAUUGUGAUUGGGAUGCAUAUGGUAUGCAUAUAUGUAUGUGCCUGGCUCCCUGUAUGCCAUUUGCAGAGCCCCACCGAGUAUCGAUGGCCUCCGUGGAUGGCGUAUGAGGAGCCAUGCAUAUUCCAUGUACCAUCCCAUGGUAUAUCUCUCUACUUUUGCAGGUUUUGCAGAAAGAGACGUAUUUUGUUCUCUGGCUUUUGCAGCAGAAAUCUCUCUCUUCUUCCCCUUGAUGAGAUUACAGAUACACAUAUCGUCUGAUGAUGAGGGAUUGAAAGUGAAGAGACAGUAAAGUAGAAGAGCACAAGAUUAUUAUGAUUAUGGCUACUAGGGUAGGGAAUCUCAUUCUCAUGAUAUUAUACAAAGCAAAGGACCACCCUCUUAAUGCUCCUUUGUUCUCUGAUUGGAUAGUAGGGAAUAAUGAUACCCACACCUACAGUCAAAGUAGGUCAAAAAGAACACCAGUCUGCAGGGACCAUGUUAAUUUGAGUAUCUCCUGAAAUCGAUUACAGAUUUGUUAUGGGGUAUGGUGACCAUCACCGCUUUUUUAAAUUUGUUUUCCCCAUGUUCGCGUGCACUAAUCUCUACAGAACAUUCUCCCUGGAUUGAUCAGGAUCAGGAUGAAUAAUAAUGAAUACAGAAAGGGUUUAUUUAAUUUAAAUUUUUAUAGUACAUAUUCAAUAAAUAUGUUUUUUAAAUAUUAAUUUAUAUAAAAAAAAUUGAUAUUAAUAUUAAUUUUAUUAUAUAAAUAUUUAUUUUAAUUUUAUUUAUAUAUAUUAAUAAUUAAAAAUAUAAUAAAUAUAUUAUUAACAUGCACUUUUAACUUCAAAGUCAUGUUAGGAAAACCGAUAAAGAAAGGUGCAUUGCAGGCAGGCAGGCAGGCAGGCAGGCUGGUGCAUUGAGGGGCCCAUCAUCUUCCUUAAUGUAUAAUGCUGCUACAAGUUGUACUCUCCCAUGCCCAGAAAGCAGAUUCUAUUCCUUUCCAUCCCAAUUUCCACCGCUGGCCUAAAUUAAUCAAAAUAAAGUUCUUUUCUUUCAUAUAUUCUAUGUGGUUUGUUUCAGUCGUUUCUAUUUUGGGUACUAUUUGUUUGUACUGCGGCAGACAUCUCUCUUUUUUGCCUCUCUACUUAUCAAUAAUUGGGGUAUUUCAUC